AUGGCUCAGAGCGGGGUGCUGCUGACCAGGGAGCCGGCGCCGCAGGCGGUGCCGGUGUCCGAGCUGCCCAUGAAGGUGUACGAGGCGGCGCUGAACACGGGGCCGGACUCCUCGUGCGGCCUGGCCACGGCCGGCUUCCGCACCGCCAAGUACCUGACCGAGGAGUGGCACCAGCACAACUACGCCCAGUACCACCAGGCCUUCGCCGACCGCGACGGCUCCGAGCGCUGCCGCCACGAGUCCCAGAGCCUGGCCGCCUACGCCGCCGCCCUGGCCCAGCGCACCCAGGAGGACUCCACCGCCAAGCUGGGCCAGCGCCUCCAGGACACGCACUUCUGGAAGGCCGAGCUCCAGAGGGAGAUCGAGGACCUGACGACCGAGACCGGCCUGCUGGCGGCCCAGAAAGUGCGGCUGGAGCGGGCGCUGGACGCCACCGAGGUGCCCUACACCAUCGCCACCGACAACCUGCAGUGCCGCGAGAGGAGGCAGCCGGCGGACCUGGUUCGGGACCAGGUGGAGACGGAGCUGCUGAAGGAAGUUGAACUUAUCAGAAAUGUACAAGAACUUCUGAAAAGAACUUUGAUGCAAGCUGUUAACCAGAUGCAAUUAAAUCGAGAUCACAAGCAGAUUUGUGAAAUGGAUUGGUCUGAUAAAGUGGAAACGUACAACAUUGAUGACAAAUGUGGAAGAUACAAUAAUCAGAGCACCAACAUCCAGUUCCAUCCCAGCUCAUCAAAGUUUGAGGAAAGUGCCUCAACGCCUGAAACCUGGGCAAAAUUCAGCCAUGACAACAUCUAUAGGGCAGAGCGAGAGCGACUGGCUUCCAUCAACCUCCGUUUAUUGAUUGACAAUAUCCUGCAUGACACAGCUGAGGAUCUGCGCUUGCAGUGCGCUGCCGUUGAUGAGGCUUUUGCUAAACGCUGUGAAGAGAUGGAAGAUGCAAAACACAAACUGGAACAUCAUUUGAAAAAAACCCUUAAGGAGAUUGGAGAUCAAGAAAACAACAUUGCUGCUCUUAAACAAGCUAUUAAGGACAAAGAAGCUCCACUGAAAGUGGCUCAGACAAGGCUGUAUGACAGAUCUUUUAGGCCCAACGUUGAGCUCUGCAGAGAUCCAGCACAAUUCAGGUUGAUCAGUGAAGUUGAAGAACUGACGGAGUCCAUUGAGUCUCUGAAGCAGAAACUACUGGAGGCUGAACAGUCUCUGAGGAACCUGGAAGACACGCGGAUGAGUCUAGAGAAGGAGAUCGCUGUGAAAUCGAACAGCAUUUUUAUUGAUAGGCAGAAGUGCACGGCCCAUCGCACGCGAUACCCUGUUGUCCUUAAACUAGCAGGUUACCAGUAG